AAUUAUUUCAUCUCUUGUAUGCAUGUGUUGCUAUCUUGUAUAUUUUCCUGUGUCUUUUGAUGAUAUUUGCAUGAGUGUUUCAGGUAAGAUCAGGAAGUCUCUUGUGUGUCAUUAGCAGUUCCAGAAUUUCAAUGUGAUCAAAACCUCAAACUUGAUGAGUAAAAUGGAGAACACUGAAAAGAUUCUCAGAGAGCUUUGGGCACCAGAUUUGUCAACUGAUUCAUUUUGCAUCAGAUAUUCUGAUUUGGAAGUAGACUUCGAGCUAUGGAAAAUUGUUCAUCUAUUACCGAAGUUUCAUGGACUUUCUGGUGAAGAUACCAACAGACAUCUGCAUGAUUUGGAGAUGGUUUGUUCUUCAUGGAACCCACAUGGUAUAUCAGAAGAAGAUGUUAUCAUUAGAGCAUUUCCAUUUUCAUUAUCAGAUUUAGCAAAAGAUUGGUUAUAUUGUCUCCCACCCAAUUCAAUUUCCAGUUUGACCGAGAUGAAGAAAUUAUUUUUGGCGAGGUUCUUUCCUGCUUCUAGGAUUGCAGCUAUUCGAAGGAGUAUUUGUGGAAUUCAACAAUGCUCAGGAGAACCGUUUCAAAAUUAUUGGGAUAGAUUUAAAAGUCUUGUUGCUAGUUGCCCUCAGCACCAGAUAAGCGAUCAGCUAUUGAUUGUAUACUUCUAUGAGGGAUUGUGUCCCAUGGACAAGAGUAUGGUUGAUGCAGCUAGUGGAGAGACUCUAGUUAACAAGACAUCUACUCAGGCCAGAGAACUUAUCGAGAUUAUGGCUUCAAAUUAUCAGCAAUAUGGGACUAGACCGACGAUUACCGAGGAUGUUCAUUCUUUUGCUAGUGUAUUCCCGACCAGAAUCCAAUAUCAUCAGCCUGAUCCUCAGAAUUAUCAGACUCAUCAGCAAGACAGGUAUAAUUUAAUUGAAGGAUUCGGGUAUGGGAACACACAACAAGGAAAUUCUGAUUGGUCCCAGCAUUAUCAGCCUUACUUUCAGCACUGUCAGCCUGAGCAGAAUUUUAGGGAGCAGUCACAACUAUUUUGUCAACAUCAAGAAACUCAAUUCAAGCCAAGAACACAUUCAUCGACACAGUUACAGUUGCUAUUAGAUCAAUCUACUGCAUCAAUUUCUGAGGAGAUGGAUUGUAGAGUUUGUGAUAUUCCUGACUUUUAUUCUGCUUCUCUACAUGACUCUUCUAAUUUUUUAUAUUGUGAUGUUGUAGUUGAUCCUGAUAAUAUUUUUGUUGAUGAUAUUGUUGUUUCAGAUAGUCUUGAUGUUGCAGGUAUAGGAGAUGAUGAUGGAAGUAUAGGGGAGACCCAAGAAUCGCUUCCUUCGAUUAUUCUACCACCGGUUGAGCCUUUUAUUGUACCUAGUGAUGAUGGAAGUGUAGGGGAAACUCAAGAAUCACUUUCAUUGAUUGUACCUGAUCCAGAGCCAGUUCUUUCACCUGACCAAGAUGAUGCCACAUUCACUAUCCUAGAGCCUCCAGGAUUUCUAUAGACAUUUCAUUCGCAGUCAAUCAUUCAAGGAUGCAUGCUACCACUUUAAGAAAACCCUAACAUUUUAUGCAAUAAUGAAGCUCUUGGAGUGGACACUCCAACUGA